UCGUAGCACGACGUUAUCCAAUUAAGAUGGUAUGGCUCAACAAUCAGUGAGGUCUCAACGUUUCCGCAUUGAACACACCCUAAAACCCGAAUUAUCACUCGGUUUUUCAAUCCACUGCAUCGCUGGUUCAGUCAGGCGGAGCGAUGAAUCAGAUUCAAACAAGUACACCAAUCAAUUUUUCCAAAUCAGGGAAUAAUUCUGAGAGAAGAUCAUGGCUGAAUCACGAUGUAACUCAGCAGCUUUAUCGUAAUACUGUAAAUCAAUCCAAUCGCUAUGAGAAAGCGACGUCGCCUUGGGAUUCAAUUGAGGGACCGAAAUUCGUGGAUUUCGAAAGGACGCCCGGUGGACCUCGCGAUUCAUAUUUUGACAGGAGGCAAUCUGACUGCCAAUCGCCCCAGAGGAAGGAGGAGAUGGUGUUGCCAAUGGAUGAUGGAACCAUGGACGUUCUAAGCUCCUUUAAGUCUUGUUCCAUAUCGGCCAUUGUGGAGACAAAUAGUGAUGCUGAAGAGGAGACUUUGGUCGCCGAUCCACAUGCCAAUGAGAACGAGGCCUUCCAGUCUUUUGAACCAAUGCAAGAGAGUCUCGAUGCUUAUGAAUCCAAAAAUGAUCGUCGGACGUCCAUCGUGAAGCCCUUUAGUUUCGAGCAGCGUGAGAAGGAGAAUCAAGAGAGAAGAGAAUCUCGUCGAGCAUAUUACAAGAUGUUAAGUGACAGGAUGUCUGAUCAUUCCUUCAAAGCCAGACCAGCACCGAAAAUUCAUCAGCGGUCGACAGCAGUCAUCAAUAACUCUGCAAAUGAACCAAAACUCCAGGCGACACCGAAAAAAAUAAUCCGAGUUCCAAGAAAGACAGACGUCAAUGGCAAUCAAGCAGAAGAGGCUGAACAAUCUGAAAUGGCAGUCCAGCCUCCAAAGCUGGAGAAACCCAGUGGAAAUCCAUCUAUGCAGAAGGCCAAGAGUGCCACGGCUUUGGUUCAAUCUCAGCAGAAAGCGAGAACUGCUAACAAUCCAUUUGCGGUCCCGUUGAAAACAAAAAGUGCAACUCAUUUGCCCCAGCCUCGAGCACUUCCAACUGCAGCCAAUCCAUCCGUGGGCCAGUCAAAAACUAAAUCUGCGACAUCUCAGGCCUCUCCGCAGAAAGUUAAACAGACAUCCAAAUUGUUACCCUUGUAUUUAAAAAAAAAUACCACUGUUCAGUCUCAACAGGCAGCCAAAGCUUUGAUAAACCCAUUCUCAUCACAAAUAAAAAUCAAGAAUGUAUCAAAUCCAUUUCAGUGGAAGAAAUCGACGGAUACACUUUCCAAUGUUCAGGGAGUGAAAAUUGAGAAGGGCGCUGGACAUUCCAGCAAUGUCCAGGACGGGGAAAAAUCAGCACUUCAUUCAGUCCAGGAGAAGAAGCAGAAGCCAUUCCAAAUAACUCUUCCACACCGAAAAAUUGGUAUUCCAAAAGGGCCCGACUUGAUGACUGCCAAACGGGCUCGUGAGCGACAGCAAUUCGAGGAGAAAAUCAAGGAGAGAGAACGUCAGAGACAGGAGAUUAAAAAAAUGGAGGCGGCAGCCAGGCAAGCUCGAGAGGAGGAGGAAUAUGCUCGAUUACGGAAGCAGACCCUAUUCAAAGCACGACCCGUGCCACAGUUCAAAAAUAUUCUACCUCCAGCGCAGAAACGUCCGCUCACUGAGCCAAUGAUGCCUAUCUUCGUCAAACGCCGCCGUUGCGCUUGAUUCAGAUAGCAACAGGAAGAUCAGCGAAGAAUAUUGGUGACAAACAGUUCAGGCAAAGGUAAAAUAUUCUAGUGUACGUCUUGCGCGUCUGUCUGAGACUAACUACACGAGAGAAUCAUUUUAUCACAACUUUCAUUAGCCCAUAAUAUUCUUGAAGUUUUAAUUUUCAUAUUAGUCUUCCGGACGAGACAGUUGUUUACUGUCAUGAAAUUUUUUUUUCAGUUUAUGUCCAAUGUUUACAUUAUCUUUCUAAUAUAAUCGUUUUGCCAUAACGUUUUCGAGAA